GGCGUGGUGCCGGUGCCUUUGCAUUUUGGCUCCGGGGCUUGAGGGGACCUCGGGUCGCCCUGCGCACGAGCUCGCGUGGUCCGGGGCAGGAGCGGGAGGCAGUAGCUGCUCCCUGACAGGCCGAAGGGCUCUCCACCAUGCCCGGGGGCGUGCCCUGGUCCGUCUACGUGAAAAUGCUCUCCUCCAGCCUCCUGGCCAUGUGCGCCGGUGCCCAGGUGGUGCACUGGUACUACCGGCCUGACCUGACAAUACCUGAGAUCCCACCAAAGCCUGGAGAACUGAGAACGGAGCUCUUGGGACUGAAAGAGAGACACCACGAACCUCAGGUUUCACAGCAGUAGAAGCUUUAAAAUACAACUCUGCCAAGAAUUCUGUGAAUAAUACUUUACACUUAUAUUUUUAAAUGUAUUGAGUAAAACUACUUCUUAAAUCAUCUAAUCCAAAAACAAAUGCUGGUUGAUAGGAACUGAUAAGAUAGAUCUAUUAUGAUUCGGUCAGUAUUUUCUAGUCUCACCUGGAGCUCACUGUGCAGAUCAGGCUGGCCUCAGGAGAGUCCUCCAGCCCCCACUUUCCAAAUGGUGGAAUUACAGGUAUGAAGGACCGCACUCAUAAGAGCUGCCUAAGCUUCAGCUUCGUGCAUUUGGCCGGGAGGAUGAGACUGAACAUUUGCAGUGUCUCCUGCCAGUAUUCUUUUUUCUCUGAAUGAGCUUGGUUAUAAUGGCAAGUUGUAAAUUAAGUAAAAGUCAGUGAGAAUGCUUAUAGGGUCUAAACAUUGAGAAGUAGUAUUUGUACUAAACUGUAUAAAAUAUUCAAAGUUCUUUGGAAUUGUGUGCCUAAUGGAAUUGCAACAUUAGUAACAAUUUGUCAAGGUGCUUAAAUCCCCCAAAUUUGAGAAAGUGAACUAAAAUUGGCAUUUUCUUUAUACAUAUAAAAAUGAAAGUGCAGAAAAAAAAAAUGAAAGUGCAGUUGAACUGUGUCCCUAAAAAAUGUUGACCUCAACCCUCGGUGUCUGGGAUUGUAGGACUGGGGCCAUGAGGGUAGGCCUGAUGCGGUGACCAUGAGAACAGACACAGGGAGGACAUUGUGUAGACAGUCAGAGACCGGAGCGUUGGAACUGCCAGCCAAGAACACCAAAUAUUUGAAGGCUGCACCCGAAGCUUGGACGAGGAAAGGAAGGAGUCUAUAAUCUCAGAACUCACACCGCACUUCCAGCAUUGGCCUUCAGAACCUGACACCACAUCUCCUGCCGCCUGGAUUUCUACCAUCGGCUCUAGGAAAUGAACUUGUUUAAAGAUUUUGCUCAAUCUAUAAAUAUAGAAAAAGAUAAUUUAUUCAACAACUGACCUAUUUUUUAAUGUAUGAAUGCAUUGCUUGCAUGUCUGUCUGUACCACGUGCAUGCCUAGUUCCCUCAGAAGCCAGGAGGGGCAUCAGAUACCCUGAACUGCAGUUACAUAUGGUUGAGAGGCCAUGUGGGCACCGAGGACUGAACCUGGUCCUCUGUUGAACUACCUCCCCUGCCAUAAGUAAAUUUUACACAAGUUGCAUGAAUGUAUGAACAUGUGAAUUGCCCCUGGAGGGCCGGCAUCAGAUUACCUGGAAUAUGAGUUAUAGAUUAGUUUUGAGCCACCGGAUGGGUUCUGGGACCUGAAUGUCAGUCUUCUAUAAGCAACAAGUUGUUUGUAGCCCCUUCUCCAGCCCCAGACAAGGUCUUUGUAAAUCUACCCUAAUGAGCAGACUAAGGCACUGAAGGGGAGUUUUCAGUUUGAGACAGUGUCUCAUUAUGUAACCUUGUCUGGUCCUGGAAUUUAGUAAGUAGAUUAGGCUGACCCUGAAUUCAAAAUCUGCUUGCCUUGCUUCCAUGGGCACACAUUCAGGCCAAGCAAACACUGACAGCAGUGUUUAAAGGUUUUGGCAGGGUCUAUUUCUUCCCAGCACUGGCUGUCUUACUGGGCUCAGAUACUCCUGUCUCGUGUACCACCAUGCUCAGCUAAUGUAAAAUUACCAUGGUAUGCACACCUUUAAUCCUAGCACUCAGGAGGCCAGCUGGAAUGCCUGUGCGAGCAUGCUCCAAACACUGGCGAGUGACUUAAUUAGACUGUGGCCCUCACGAUCCCCACCACCCAUUUAACGGCCUAGGUUUCUAGGCAACUUCCCCUAACCUGUGAAGAUUUCUCAAUCUGAGUGUUCCUUCCUGAGUUUUCCCUUCCUGUCCGGAUUCCAGAAGGCUGUUACACAUUCUGAUCUCUGGAGGGAAUUACUUGCAUGCAUUCCACCUUGUUAAGUAAGAAAGACGAUCUGAAAGCACAAGCCACCAAACCUGAACAAACCCAGCAGGCAUGAAGAAGAAAAAGUAUACAGAAUUCCUGCUUUGUGUCAUGAGAACAGCCAGUGGGUAUUUGGGACCUUUUUUAUUUUAUACACAUGACAAGAUUUUACACCAAUAGUCAGUUAAAUAGUACAAAUUUACAUUCAUGAGGAAUGUUAAAAAAAAAAAACCAAAACAAAACAAAUUCAACUAAAAAACCCACUUCUUCCUGUGACCCAUAACCCCAACA